AUGACUCCUUUCCCUAUCUCCAAAGGAAAGCCCUGCGUCUUUCCCUUCAUCUACAGAGACCGCACAUUCCAUACUUGCACCAAUGAGAACUCAGAAGAUGGGAGAUUUUGGUGUGCUACAACAGGAAACUAUGACAAGGAUAAGCAGUGGAGAUAUUGUGCUGAGUCAAGUAAGUCAGAAAUAAAAGACAGGAGAGAAAAACUGGGACAUUUUAAAAGCAGCUGUAACUCCAACGGCAAGCCCUGCGUCUUUCCCUUCAUCUACAGGGACCAUACAUUCCACACUUGCACCAAUGAGAACUCAGAAGAUGGGAGAUUUUGGUGUGCUACAACAGGAAACUAUGACAAGGAUAAGCAGUGGAGCUAUUGUACUGAUUCAAGUAUCUCCAACGGCAAGCCCUGCGUCUUUCCCUUCAUCUACAGAGACCGCACAUUCCAUACUUGCACCAAUGAGAAUUCAGAGGGUGGGAGAUUUUGGUGUGCUACAACAGGAAACUAUGACAAGGACAAGCAGUGGAGCUAUUGUGAUGAUUCAAACCAAAAGGAAGCUAAUGUCUUUAAGAUAUCUAGACACCUACAGAUACCUCUUAAUAAGUCCAAGGUUAAGAAGUGGGAAGACAAGAGAGACCAACCAAAGAUGAGGGUCAGGGCAUUGGACCCUCUACAGCGUCUCUCUCUCUCUCUCUCUCUCUUUCUCUCUCAUGAAGCAUACUCCAACAGCAAGCCCUGCGUCUUUCCCUUCAUCUACAGGGACCGUACAUUCCACACUUGCACCAAUGAGAACUCAGAAGAUGGGAGAUUUUGGUGUGCUACAACAGGAAACUAUGACAAGGAUAAACAGUGGAGCUAUUGUGCUAGUUCAAGUAAGUCAGAAAAAGGGACAGGAGAAAUAAAAUUGGAACAUUUUAAAAGCAGCUGAAAAAAAAUGGAGGAAUACUUUGGACUUUCCCAGCUACAUUGGGACACAUUUGUAAAACUGUUAUUUGUAGAUCAGCAUGUGUUUAUCAGCUCUGUUGUUUCUAGCUAGCAUAAAGAUGAAUUAGGAAAAGAGGUUGAUAUAUUCCACUCCAAACUAAUUAAGUGGGCAAUAUGUGUUCAGACCUUUAGUCCUCUCUCCUUCCUCAAAUCUCAGGCCCCUGCGUUAUAUGGCAGUGUAGAUCCAACCUGAUAGGAACUACUGCUUCUUCUAGGAAGCAGGGAGAUGAUUCCUGGGCCCCUUCCACAUAGCU